UACAGAGUGGGGGUUACCACAGGACACUCGUGUACCGCUGCUGGACCUCAGCUACUAGCAAGAAGCAGCGCUCCUGACUGACUCGGAUUAUCUCUCCAGCUUUCCUCACCUCUGGAUAUUCUGCUCUUUGCAUAUACAGCAGCAACUUCAAAGUCCCACACCGCUCACAUUUGCAGAAUUAAUGUGUCGGCUCUCGGCUUUUUUUUUGCGUAUUUUUGCUUUUAAUGCGUGCACUCUCUGAACCGGAGCGAGCGAAGCACCAACCGACCGGACCGAUUUACUUUAAGGCUUUGGUUACAUUCAUUGACAGUGUGCGUGGAUUUAAGGACAGAGUGUACUGGCUGUGACAUUACGGAGCACAAUGUCGGUGAAAAAGACUUCACCUGGGUGGCUUCAGGGGCAAGUUGUAUGACACGAUAUAUUUAGCCUAUUAGAAAAUAGGAGCUGUGGAUCAGCGGACGCAGGCGGCAGCCCACACUCACUAUGAAGUAAAACAUGACACACGACUGUGUGACGGUGCGAGAGGCGACUGGAGCGACAGUGUUUCUCUCCCCUGGCUUUUAGUCUUUUCGUCUUUUCAGGGCUUCGAGGUAGCAGCGGCACUUGGGUUGUUAGCACUUGUAGCAUUUGGACUGUAGCGAUGUUUAAUUUGUGAAGGAGGCACAAAAGAAUAAAUAAAUCACAAAAGACGGCAAAGUUUGACUGUUAACUGCGUUUGUCCGAAGCCUGAAAGGUCACCGGGAAUCCACCUCCUCCUCCUCUGGCUCCUAUCAGUCUGUUAUGAAGAUGUGAACUCUUCCUUCCCUCCGCUCCUCUUUCUCUCAUCGCCGUCCAGGACGCUUUGAUCUUCUUCCCCCCUCCCUCUAUUUACCACACAGAGACCACAUCCCGACUCCCGCCUCUCGGAGAUGUACGAAAGCGUGGAUGUUGUGGGUUUAAGCCCAAGCCCCAGCAGCCCAAGCACGGGCUCUUUUCUAAGCAUGGACUACUACCACAGACCCCCGGGGCUCGGGCCGGAGAAGGGACUCUUGUCCGUUGUAGGAGGACUCCAGCGCCCCUUUGGAGGGUCUCUGCUGACCGGCAGGCACUGGAGCGGAUCCAGCCACUCCAUAGAGACCGAGAGCACGAGCUCAGGGGAGGACCUGCUUGUCCCCAGUCCUCCCUCACCUCCUCCACCACCUCGUAUCUACAAACCCUGCUUUGUCUGCCAGGACAAAUCAUCAGGAUACCAUUAUGGAGUCAGCGCCUGCGAAGGCUGCAAGGGUUUCUUUCGGAGGAGCAUCCAGAAGAACAUGGUGUACACGUGCCACCGGGACAAAGUCUGUGUCAUCAACAAAGUGACGAGGAACCGGUGUCAGUCAUGUCGACUGCAGAAGUGCCUGGAUGUGGGCAUGUCUAAAGGAGCAGAGCGAGUGAUCACACUGAAAAUGGAGAUCCCUGGCUCCAUGCCUCCUCUCAUCCAGGAGAUGCUGGAGAACUCUGAGGGACUGGAGGGGCACGGAGCAGGGGGAGGAAAAGGAAGAGGUGGAGCCAGGAGGGAGGUGGAAGAAGAACCGGGAAGCUGCCGUUCGAGUCCGAUGCACAAACCGGUCCGUUUUCCCAGCCCGAGCCCUGUUCCCCGCUCCCCCUCCUCUCCUUCCCCUCCCUCCACCUGAGGCUCCACAAUCUGCAAACAGCAAUAGAGGAACUUGAGCAGAGCAUCUUGCUCCAUGAACUUUCUGAGUUGUUUGUGACCUGCUUGGACUGCUUGUGUUGACAAAUCAUGGUUCUUGAUGUUAAAUGCAAAAAAAGCCAACACAUUUCUUUUUAAUGAUGUAUAAAAAGCUGAUGACAUGGACAGACCGAACAGAAUUCCUCGUGAAUCAGAUUUCCUUCAGUGCAAAAAGUCACGUGCUGUAUAGUUGGGAGAAUUAUUGUGUGUAAUAUAGUGUAUAUAUCAAAGGCUGUGAAAAAAGAAGAAGCUGAGACUGAGACAGGCUGAUACAAGAGGUUAUUUUCCUAACUGUACAUAUGUAAAUACUGUAUUUUUCUCAGCACAGCUAACCAGCCUUCACCUCACCAACACAAAUACACUUCACCAUCAUCAUCAUCACCUUUGGAUUAUUUUCAGAUUCAAGUCCAGCAACUUAAAGUAGCUUCAACAAACUGUGAAACACAUGAAAUUAGUUUUAUAUAAUAAUAACCUGUCUUCCCUGUUGGUGGACAUUAUCAACCAAAGCAGAGUUGAUAGACGUGUCAUCAGUGACAUCACUAACAUCUAAAUGUUCAAGCUGUGUUUUGAGGCUGCAGUGGUGCCCUUCAAACAUUGUUACAACUGAAUUCAUUUUCAGUGGUCACCUUAUGUACAGAAUCACCAGUCAGAUUAACUGUUUAAGAGGGUUACCAUCUUUAUGACAAAAUAAAGCUUUAAUUUAGUUU